AAAAUGUCUGGAAGGCUAUGGUGCAAGGCCAUUUUUGCUGGCUAUAAGCUGGGUCUCUGGAACCAAAGGGAGCACACGGCUCUCCUUAAAAUUGAAGGCAUUUAUGCCCGAGGUGAAACAACACAGUUAGGCGGUAAGCCUAACAAAACCAGAGUAAUCUGGGGAAAGGUAAUGUGUGCCCAUGAAAACAGUGGCAUGGUUCAUGCCAAAUUCCGAAGCAACCUUGCUGCUAAGGCCAUUGGACACAGAAUCCAUGUGAUGCUGUACCCCUCCAGAAUUUAAACUAAUGAAAAUUAAA